UGGUUUUGGUGAGAAGUCUUGUCUGCUGCAGUUUGGACAACCUGUGAGUUAUGCAAACUCUGUUGGCUCGGGCAGGCGAAGAGAGAUCUGCACGUAUCCAAUCAUGGGGAAAUAAAAGCAUGUGAAACAGGACACGUCUUUGAUGUUGCCCUAUAUCCUUUUAACAACAAACACACAGUCUACUCACGAUGCCAUAUAAUACUCAUCAAAAUUCUUUGUACCAUUAUGAUUCUUUUUGCCCCAUCUCCUUUAGAACGCAAUGCACCGCACGGUCAGUUCCAACAGGUUUGAAGGGUCAGUCACCUAUGAAACAUGUUUGGACUGAUCGUACCGCAACAGAUCUUCUCUACCGCUGUAAACAAAGCUGGCCGCGAACGCAGCAGCUCCUCUUCAUGCAAUGUGAGCCAACAUGUCUAAAACAACCUCUGCAUAUCUACCACAUGCCUACCAGGGCCCCGGAGUGGGGCUUUUGGACCGACAAUAUGAAGCUGUCAGGUCCUGCCAAAGUCUGAAGCGCCACAGGGAGCUUCAACAAUGAUCCAUGCACGCCGGGUUCAACAAGACAUCAUACCUGGAAGCGCCUCAUCUCGUGUACAGGUUUUAUUGUGAAGGUGAAACCCGGACUCUGUACUCGCUGAAGUACGGCGGCCUCGUCACCGGUGUGUCGGGACCUUCGGUGCUGCUGGCUUGACAGUGGAGCCAGAGGCAGGGACUCUGCACCGCGACACUUCAUCUUACUGAUCAAUUAACCCGGAGCUGUCAUUCUAUUAAUACACAGGCUGAGCCGCUGCACCAAAGGACGGACCAUGCCGUGGUCACGGUUAGCGCUGACGGUUUUCAUCGUGGCCUUGACCCUGUCAAACUCGACCAGGGGCCAAAGCAGGAGGAGGAAAGGGCAGAGAGAAGACAACCAGGUCACCGUCAAUGAGGCCAAAGCCCUGAUCUGCCCAGUGGAGAUUAUGUUCAUGGUGGACAGCUCGGAGAAGGCCAAAGCUCUGCUGUUUGAGCGACAGAAGGCGUUCGUCCUGCGCUUCAGCACCAAGCUCAUGCAGCUCCACUCUGAGGGCUGGCGGAUGCGGCUCCGGCUGGCCGCCCUGCAGUACAGCAGCACUGUUUCAGUGGAGCACAACUUCAGAGACUGGCAGGAUGUGGACGUGUUCCAGAGCCGGGUGGCUGCCAUGACCUUCAUCGGCCACGGCACCUACUCCGCCUAUGCCCUCACCAACGCCACCCAGGUGUUUGGCCGCGAGACGUCCUCCAGCAGCCUGAGGGUGGCGCUGCUGAUGACGGACGGAGCGGACCACCCUCGCAGCCCCAACGCAGUGACGGCUGCUGCCGUGGCCAAACAGCACAACAUAAGGGUCUUCGUCAUCAGGCUGUCGGGCCUGACCAAGGAAGGUGCCGUGGGCACAAAGCUGCGCUCCAUCGCCAGCGCCCCCCCACAGCAGCACGUCCUCGGCCUCACUGACAGCCAGCUGGACGACAGACUCUUCAGCGAACUGAAUGCAGUUGUGAAAACCGGGUGCCCACAUCCAAAGUCCUGCCUGUGUGGAAAGGGAGAAAGGGGUCACCCUGGAUCUCCAGGGAAACCGGGGGAGCAGGGCUCUGACGGAGCGCCGGGCCCAAAGGGUUCUCGCGGGGAACCUGGUAUUAAUGGACGUCCAGGAAUGGAGGGCCUUGAGGGUAAAACCGGCAUCGACGGAGAGAAGGGAGAACAGGGUGAAUGCGGUGCCCCUGGUACAAAGGGAGAACAAGGUGCAGAUGGACCUCUUGGCCCCAGAGGCCCCAGAGGAGAGCAGGGAGCCACAGGAGGAUCUGGAGACCAGGGGGCAGAGGGGCCGCCUGGCUCUAAAGGCGAGCGAGGACCGAGGGGUGCGCCUGGACCUUCGGGAGAUAAUGGCAUUGGGUUCCCUGGUCCCAAGGGUGACAAGGGGAACCAGGGAAGACCAGGUUCACCUGGACCACUGGGUGUGGGUGAACCAGGGAUGAUGGGUCCAGCAGGGCCAGCAGGGAUUCAAGGAUCUCCAGGAUUUCCUGGCGAGGGUCUCCCAGGAUCCAAGGGCGACAGAGGGUACGAGGGUCCUAAGGGCAGCCGUGGAACUCCAGGGUUUGGCUACAAAGGUGAUAAGGGAAACACAGGAGCCCCAGGGCUGCCAGGUUUGGUGGGGUUUCCAGGGGCAGGCAACCAAGGGGAAAAGGGGGACCACGGGCCCGCUGGGCCAUCUGGACCCAGGGGACCUCCUGGACUGGGUAUAGUUGGACCAAAGGGUGACCAAGGUUUCCCUGGAGAACCUGGAUCACAGGGGGAGAGGGGUGUUGGUGAACCAGGACCAAAGGGUCAGCCAGGGCCGGAUGGGACUGCAGGGAUACCUGGUAUUCCUGGUGAGGAUGGAGCUGCUGGGCCUAAGGGAGAGAUGGGGUUGCCAGGUCUGCGAGGCCUAGAGGGCGCACCGGGGAAAGGUAUCCCUGGAGAAAAGGGAGAUAGAGGUGACCGUGGGGCAAGGGGCCUUUCAGGGGCUCCAGGCCCGGUUGGCCCUGCUGGAGCUAAGGGGGAACCUGGCAGCGCAGGAAUGUCUGGCCUACCCGGACCUGCUGGGCGGGGUUUACCAGGACCAAAGGGAGAACCUGGGCCAGUGGGACCAACUGGACCUGUAGGAGAACCUGGAAUAGGAAUCAUUGGGCCGAAGGGUAAUAAAGGAAAUCCUGGGCCUGUUGGGCCACCAGGGAUGAAGGGUGAUGGAGUCCCAGGACCACAGGGACUGCCUGGCUUACCAGGAGUGCAAGGAGAGACUGGAGCUGAAGGAAAAGGACUACCUGGACCUAAGGGUGACAGAGGCUUACGGGGGAUCCCGGGCGCAUCAGGUUCUCCUGGCAUUGGACUUUACGGACCAAAGGGUUCUACAGGGCAGCCUGGUCAACUAGGCCUCCCAGGGCUUCCAGGAGAGGGCAUCCAGGGACCAAAGGGAGAGCCUGGGUUUCAAGGGCCAGUGGGACCUCGGGGGGCACAAGGGGACGGCCUUCCAGGGGAGAAGGGUGGUAGAGGCAUUCCUGGAGACCGGGGAAAGAAAGGAGAUAAGGGCGAUUAUGGAGUACCUGGAUCUACUGGACCAAUGGGCAGACCCGGAGAAAAGGGUGAACGAGGACUGACAAGAGAAGAAGUCAUCAGAAUUAUAAGGGAAAUCUGUGGCUGUGGGCUGAAGUGCAGAGAAAGCCCACUGGAGCUGGUGUUUGUAAUAGACAGCUCUGAGAGCGUGGGGCCAGAAAACUUUGAGUUGGUGAAGGACUUUGUGAAUGCUCUCAUUGACCGGCUGUCGGUGAGCAGAGAGGCUAGCCGGAUAGGCGUGGUGCUCUUUAGUCAUGUCGACAUGGUGGUGGUCCAUCUUGAGCAGCCGAUGAGCCAGGGCGAUGUCAAGGCUGCCAUCAGGAAGAUGCCCUACCUGGGUGAGGGCACCUUUACCGGCAGCGCCAUCCAUCGAGCCAGCGAGCUGUUCCGGGCCUCGCGGCCUGGUGUGAGGAAAGUGGCUGUGGUUUUAACGGACGGACAGGCCGACCCCCGUGACAUCAAGCAGUUUGAAGAAACAGCCACGGAGGCCCAUGCUCAGGGGAUCGAGAUCUUUGUCGUAGGAGUCAUGAACAAGACAGAGCGUCUCUAUGAAGAUUUCCAGGCUGAGAUGAAUGUUAUUGCCUCUGAUCCAGAUGAAGAGUACGUCUACUUUAUAGAUAACUUCAGGACACUUCCCUCUCUGGAAAGCAUAGUACUGAGUCGGAUUUGUGAGCAGGAUGCCACGACGGCCUCUCUACCAAACUCUGUCUUUCCAGCCGUGGAAAUGCUCCCAGACGUUCGAGAAGACGGCCACUCCAAAGAGUUCCCAGAGGAAGAAAACGUACAACAUGAACUCACAGUGGAGACGGUGAAAGCCCCGACCCAACGGCCCCCAGAGUCCGAGUGGCCUGAUGAGAACCUGGUUGACAGUGAACUGUCGGUGGAGCCCUGGAACCGGCUUCCAGGCGUCACAUUUGCCUCUCCUGGUGGCAAGGGGAAGCAGGACACCGGGGUGACCUCUGUGGUGGGCCCCCAGCCUCCAACAUCCUCCAGGCUACGUGAGGCAAAGAGCACACAGGCUCCGGUCAGCCCUCCUCCUCCACCCCUGACGGAGUCGUCAGUGUCAGGUGAAGGGUGCAGUCGGCCUCUAGAUCCAGGUCCCUGUCGGCAGUACGUGGUCAAGUGGUACUAUGACCCCGAGGCCAACGCCUGUGCCCAGUUCUGGUACGGUGGCUGCGAGGGGAACGCAAACAACUUUGAGGCCGAAGAUGACUGCAAGGAUUCCUGCAUCUACACGUAACAGGCUGUGCUAGGAGAAAAGGGCGUGUGCGAAGCUGACAUGCUCCAUCCGCGUCACUGAGGAACAGAUAUGCACUGAUGAAGCAGGCUUCACUGCUUGAACAGAGCUCAGGCCACUAGCUGCUGUGAUCACACCCUUGGACGUGGAGUGAGAUAAUGGAGUCCUGACUUUGACCUCCCUGUUGUCUUUCCUGCUACAUUCACACUGCGGCCGCUCCUGUUCAGUUGUCAACUUCUGCACACAACAUUAGCUGUCGAUUCAUUUUGGAGUAGUUCUAUCUGUCAAGGAUGUAAACCAAAUAUAUAACUAGGGCAAGCUUAUAGGACCAUCGAAAAGAUUGUUAUUUUGAUUUCCACUUUCACUUUCUUUCCAUUGUUGUCUAGUUUUCCUCCUGGCAAAGACGUUCAGUCCACAAUAUUUAGUUGUAGGUCAACCGCGUUCAGAACACAAUCACUUGCAUGUGGAUUGCACAGGAAAAUAGAGUUGGAGCAGAUACAUAUGGUUCGGGGCGUGUUAAGACAGCUUUGUGGACAAUGACAGGGAAACAUGUCUGUGAUGUAGUCUGUCACCCUUUGACUUAUGUGGCAUCACUGUGCCAAACACUGGUGAUGCUGGAUAACUGACAGCAACAGGUUUCUAAGGGCCAGGGUUGUAACAAGCCAUCGCAUUCCACCUCAGUACCAUGAGUAGCAUAGUGACUAUAAUAUUACAUGAGGAAAGUUACACAAUGUGAUAAUGCACCAUGAACAAAAUAGCAAUAAGAGCACAAAGAAUAUCCCAAUAUUAAUAGUACCAAAGCUCCAAAUAAUUAUGGGAAAAUAAACAGAUUGUGAACAAAUAAUUGUUCAUUUAUUCUCUAAUUACUUUUGAUUCUAAAAAUAAACUUACUUUUAUAUAAGAUAAAAUUUGACAAAAUUUUGAAUCAAUUAAAAAAACUGAAGACGUUAAUGCCUGAUGAGGUAUAUCUGACUGAAAUGUGUGUUUAAGAUAACAGUGCAGGAUCUUGUAGGAACAAUGAUUUCUAGUAAUCUGAUUUGUCAACAGUUGAUCGGCUGCCACGGAGAACACGGUACCAAGAACCAGAUAAUCAUGAGCUUGUUCAUUGGUCCACCGCUUCGCGUAUGCAUGUUGUCACGUCUCCUGGAAUUCAAGAGUUGGCGGGCAACGAUGUAACACCUCACAUAUUUUCUUAGAUUUUACACUUUUAAAGCAUUUAAAUUAAAGAGUAAAAAAACGUUUUACAACAGAACAA